AACAAAGGGCACUAGCCCUGCCGGAGUCAGCUGGAGGCUCACAGCACAAUGCUGCUGCAGCAGUGAGGGAGGCCGACAGGAUCACAGCCACCGCUCGCAGGAGCGUCCGUGGUCCUGGCACUUUACAAUUUCUGAUAAGGGCGACUCUGUGAAGAGUGUGUUUGGAAUGGCCCAUGUCACAAGGUGGUCACAAGCUUUGGUCAGUGCCUGUCGAAUCCUUCAAAUGGCUCAAAAGUCUCCAGCCACCCACUUUUUGACGCACAAGGUACCACGGACCAUGGGGAGUUACAGCAGUGUCCAAUUCUGUGGGAUGCCCCAAGGGAAAGGACCCCAUGCCGUGGGCUGUACUGACCUGAUGAGCGACCACACCAUUCAGGGAAGCUUCCUCCGGUUAUUUUACCCAUGCGUGGACGGCGAUGAGUAUGAAGAGGCCACUUGGAUCCCCAGGAGAGAGUACUACCGGGGACUGGCAGACACGUUAAAGCUCAACCGCACUAUAGUGGAUUUCAUCCUCAGUUAUUAUUUCGGUUCCGUCAAGUGUCCUGCAAAGCUGAAUGCACCUUUCAAGUCAGGAGAGAAGUAUCCUUUGGUUGUGUUCUCCCACGGCCUUGGAGCUUUCAGGACCUUGUAUUCUGCCUUCUGUAUUGGGUUGGCCUCUCAGGGAUUUGUAGUUGCUGCAGUGGAGCACAGAGAUGAAUCUGCGUCUGCCACCUUUUACUUGCGGGAGCACUCCUCCGCUGACAGCAGUGAGCAAGAUGACUCGCGUGAACCUUUGGAGGAGGUCUGGAUUUACAACAAGGCUCCACCGGCGGGAGAAGACGAGUUUCCUCUCCGAUUUGAGCAGGUCCAGAAACGAACACAUGAAUGUUUACAAGCCUUGGACCUCCUGCUAGACAUCAAUGCUGGAAAACCAGUCAAUAACGCAUUGCCAUCCAACUUCAACUGGUUGUUAUUAAAGGAUUCUAUUGAUGUUCAAAAAGUAGCAGUGGCGGGACAUUCUUUUGGUGCAGCAACAGCAAUCAAAGCUCUUGGUAGAGACUCACGGUUUAGGUGUGGUGUUGCACUGGAUGCCUGGAUGUACUCUCUGAGAGAGGAGUUAUUUUCUACUGUUCAUCAGCCCGUUAUAUUUGUGAACUCUGAGAAAUUCCAGUGGGUGGAUAACAUUCUACUCAUGAAGAAGAUGAAUUCCACUAGCGUGGAGAGGAAGAUGAUCACCAUCAAGGGCAGCGUCCACCAGAGCUUCCCAGACUUCACCUUUCUGACCGGUUACCUGAUUGGGAAAAUAUUCAAGCUGAAAGGAGAGAUUGAUCCGUACGUGGGGAUGGACAUCAUUAUUAACGUUACAUUAGCCUUCCUACAGCGGCAUCUAGGGAUCCAGAAAGAUUUUAACCAGUGGGACCCUCUCAUUGAUGGAAAAGGAGAAUUUGUCAUUCCUGGCACCAACCUUGAUCUACCUCCAGCACAUUCUAAAGCCUCCAAGUGACACUUGCAGAAAUGCCCAAGUACCAGUGUUGUACAGUAACUUGCCUGCCAUCAAAGGACACAAGAGUUGCAAGUCUGUACCUCAUACAUGGAUGACACAUUAUAAAAUUUCAGGACAUAAGAGGCGCGACUCUGUUCCUCAUACAUGGAUAGCACAUUAUAUCACAGGGCGUGAGAGGCGUCGGCCUGUACCUUAUACAUGAAGAAAGUAUUAUUACAUCACAGGAUGUGAGAGGCGCACUGCCCGGAUAGCACAUGAUGAUAUCACAGGUCGUGGGAGGCGCAGACCUCUACCUCAUACAUGGAUGACACAGUAUUUAAUCAUGGGCCUCUACCUCAUACAUUGAGGACACAUCAUUACAUCACAGAUGGUGAGAGGUGCAGUGGGACACAUUUAUUCAUUUUCGAAUAGAUAUUGACUGAAAUAUGUUCUGGAUUUCUUUAGAACUUUUCUACUUUCUGGAUGGUUAUGCACUGUGGUGUCUUAAGUUUUACAACUGGAUAGGCGUAGAAGUGUGUGAUCCCCAUAAUUUUCUAUAAGUCACAGUUUUUAUGAUCCUGGCAGCCAGUAUACACUUGACGCAGAUGAAAGUUACCUGCUACAAUCAGUAAUACUGCACUGUGUCAUUUAGAGUGUAUAGUAAUCUGCAAUCUACCCUCGGUCUCUGCAAAGGAUCAAGGUGCUGCUCGCUCCCUCCCCCGUGUCUUACGGUGCAGCUCAGCUUUGCAAGACGGGCUGCUGUGUUUGAGCAGGAGCUCAGCAGUGCAUGGAGAGACCAUUUCCAUUACAUCAGGGAUCUGAUGAUUUAAAAAAGUACAUAUAAUGAAGAAAAUGAGGCUCCAUGAAGCAGGAGUCUGGAGAUCUGAUUUAUGACCUGACAACGGAGAACUGGCAGAAGCAACAGGAUACUGCAGAAGACCUGGUGCUCUCAAUAAUGAACAUAUCACAGAUUUAUGAAUAAUUGAUAAAAUACACUACUGUCUCCAUGGCUGCACCACUAGCAACUCAUGGCCGAAACCAGAGAUGUCUAUGGUUGUCUUUUACUGAAUGAUUUUGCACUUGGAGCUUUUAAUGGAAAAAUUAACUAUUUUUAUAGAUGAUGUUACAUAAUGCAUUCAACACCUGCAGUCUAGCAGGAAGAGGAGUAUUAGGGGCCGUUCACACAAGUGCAGAUUUCAGAACAGAAAGUCUGUGGUUUUUCAUGCGGAUUUUACACAGAUCUUGCCCUUUCAUUAAAAAGGGUGGAAUUGGCACCAAAAAUCACCCAAACAAUUGUCAUGCUGUGGAUUUAUAAAUCCACACGAAGGAAAAAAAAUCUAAGUGUACCAGAGAUUUGUGAAAUUUCAUAAAUUUUGCUAGUACUGCAUUACGCUGUGUUUUUUUGGGGGGUUUUUCCUCGCAGGUACCCAUGGAGUGCACUCUCACGCUGCGGCUUUUGUUGCAGAAAUUUCCGCGACUGAAAUUCCCCUGAUUUGGGCUUGCGGAGAUCCAUAUGCUCGCCACCCCAUUCAAGUGAAUGGAACUGAUUUUCAGUAGCAGAAAUUUCUGCAACAAAAGCCGCAGCGUGUGAAGGCGCCCCAAAGGUACCUGCACACAAGUGCUGAUUUCAAAAUAAAAUAAAAAAAUCUGUUGUUUUUUGCA